CUUCGAAAAAGGAGUCCGCCGUAGAAAUCAUUUAAUAAGGGAACAAAACGCUUCGAUUAAUUCAACAAUUGAAAACGCACGAGUACACAUCUUGCUAUAAAGAUUCUUUUCACUCACAAGGAUCUCAUUCUCAAAAGCUCACAAAACACUUCUUCUUCAUCCUCAAACCUCAGAAAAACCAUCUUCUUCCUUCAAACAUGGAAUAUACUUCAUCACAAAACAUAUCACUUGAACUAACACUGGCACCUCCAAAACCUUCAAGAACAAUGCCAUCCAGAUCACCAACGGAAAAUUUGAUUUCCAUUGAGGACUCGAUUAUCCUUAGCAAAGAAAAGAAUGAACUCGAUCAAGAGCUUUUCAGAGUACCUAAAUGGAAGAAUUGGAGGAUGUCACCAAUCAACAUUCUCACCCUUACUGCAUCCUAUAUGCAACCAGAAGAACAAUUUGCGUUGGGAUGGCUGAGAACAAAAAGCAUUGAGAAAGCCAUCUCAAUAGAUUAUAUUAAGAAAAUCUACCAGCGCAGAUUGAAUGAAA